AUGUCCUGUCUUGGAACAGACUCAAUCACAGUUGAUACCACGAAUGUCAGCACGACGGGAACAACGGAGCCGUAUUAUAAUUCGCCAACCUCACCUUCAUCUCAGAAAUUUGAUAGCUCACAUGUUCUUUCAAAUAUUCUAGAUACCAGGCCGCAGAUUCCAAAACAUUAUAUCGGCGUACCAAAAACGCCAUCGGGUACGAAAUCCCUCACCCCAUAUAAAUUAAAAUCCAAAUCGCUGGAAAACUUUGUACUCUCUUCAGCAGUCUUCGAAAUCAAGCUCGAUAGGCUACUUGGCAAAGGAUCCAACUCAUAUGUGCAUUUGGCUACCCUGUCAACAAGAGAAACUAAAAAUAUGGCUAUGCAAUUUGCUAUCAAGAUCCCCACCGCCAAAAAUAAAGUCAAACUCAUUGAGAAGGAGACAGAGUUUUUGCUUCUUUUAAGAGACUAUAGAGACAACACAUGGUACCGGAAAUACGGUAAUAAGCCAUUUCCAUUUGUCGAUGCAUAUGGAUUGUACUAUCUGGACAAAACACACUUCCCCAUGCUUAAGAAAACAGACUUACUCCCUUGUCUUCUCUUGAAAAACUCCGAUACAGAUUUAUUCAGAUUUAUAAACGAAAGGCGCGAACUAACCAACGCAUAUGAACCAGCGAUCGGCCUAAAAAACUGGUUUUGUUUGUUUAACUUCUUACUAGACGUGCUCCAAGUCCUGCGAGACCUCGAAGCCGUUCACUGUGAUAUUAAAACAGACAAUAUCCUGGUGGAAAAUUCAUCCAAUUCUGAACCAACUUUCAAGCUCAUUGACUUUACGUCUUCCGCUGAAAUCGCGGAUAUUCACGAGCAGCCGGAAAUGACUCUGCAAUUCACUGCGCCAGAACUGCUCAAGGAUCAAAACAAAAUUCCAGACUUCAGCACGGACCUGUAUAGUUCGGGCUUGGUUUUAUUACAUGCCGCUACAGGUAGCGCUCCAUACCACGGUUAUGAUUACGACCCCUACUAUCUUAUCACUUUAGUGAAGGAAGGAAAAGUACUCGAACUAUUAACUAGAGAGGAACUGAACAGAAUGACGGGGAACCCUCAAGUGCAGGAGAUUUUGGAACUUAUAUUGGUGAAAAGGUGCACAUUAGAGGAGCUUCUUCCAUUACAUACUUGA